AUGGCACCGCCUUUUCGAGCCGAUCAAGUCGGAUCGCUCCUGCGUCCGAAAAGCCUUGUCGAGGCGAGGAAGAACUCGAAUCUGGAGGGUGCGCGGCUCAGAAACGGUCCCGCCGCCCAGGAUGAUGAUGCCGCCGCCGCCGCCGCCGCCGCCGAUGCUAAUGCCACCUCCAAUGGAGCAGAUCCAAUGGAGGUCCUACGAACCGAGCAAGCAAAGGCCAUCAAAGACGUUGUCGGCGAGCAACUUGCGCGACACGUCCUGCCCAUUACCACGGGCGAGUACGAGCGGGGGAUCUUCUACGGCAACUUCUUCGAGUCUCUCUCGGGCUUCACGGUGCGGUACAAGCCCAUGUCGGACUUCAAGGUCGACUUCCCCACGAACCGGCCCUUGAUCAAAUGGGGGCUGCCUGGUCGUGACGCGGGGUUCCCGACCUCGAACAAGGUGACGCUCGAAAAGUCCGCGUAUCUGGACGACUGGCUGUAUUUCCGCAGCCUACUGCCGAAGGAGAGGUGGCGGGACGCGAAGAUGACGGUCCCGCCGCCUGGGUGGUGGCACAUCCAGCUCAAGGAACCCUUUGACCGCAACUUGUAUGACAAUGACGAGGCUUUGCUGCGGGACUUGAGCGCCGCCGUGAGGAAAGAAAUCUUGACGCUGUACGAGCACGGCUUGCGGGUCGUGCAGGUCGACGACCCGAACCUAUCCUUCUUCUGCGACGAGGAGUGGAUCAAGACGUGUCAACGAGAAGGCGUCGACCUCGAGCGGCUGCUCGAGCUGUACAUCAAGUCGCAUAACGACGCCAUCAGGGAUUUACCCUCAGACCUCCACGUCGGAAUCCACAUCUGUCGUGGGAACUUCCCCAACGGCGUGGGCCUCGCUAGUGGGAGCUACGAGCGGAUCGCAAGGAAGUUGUUCAACGAGACCGGCUACAAGUUGUUCUAUCUCGAGUUCGACAGUCCCCGCGCUGGCGACUUCACGCCGCUCAAGCACCUCCCCGCGGACAAGGCAGUGGUCUUGGGCGUGGUGACGACAAAGUCCGCCGAGAUGGAGGAUUUGGGCGACUUGAAGAACCGCGUCUACCAGGCCGCGGACGUGGUGGCGGAAGGACAGGGUGGUGGGAGGACACGCGAGGAUGCCCUCCGAGACAACCUUGCCGUGUCACCCCAGUGUGGCUUUGCCAGUGAUCAUUCCGAAGGAGGCGUUGGCAUGACCACCGAGCGCAUGUGGGAGAAGCUGGAUCUGGUCAAGAGGCUGUCCGAGGAGAUCUGGCCGGGCUGGGAUAGAGAUAGGAAAUAG